CCCCUUCCCCUCUGACUUCAUCCCACAUCCGCCAUGUCCGAACGUAAAGUCUUGAACAAGUACUUUCCCCCGGAUUUCGAUCCGUCUCUCAUCCCUCGCAGGAAACAGCCCAAGAACUCGCAGCAGGUUGUCCGUUUGAUGGCACCAUUCUCUAUGCGAUGUAAUACUUGCGGAGAGUACAUUUACAAGGGCAAGAAGUUCAACGCACGGAAGGAAACCGUAGAGGGAGAAGACUACUACGGUAUCAAGAUAUUCAGGUUCUAUAUCAAGUGCACCCUGUGCUCAGCCGAGAUCACUUUCAAGACAGACCCAAAGAACACUGACUACUCCGCCGAACACGGUGCGUCACGGAACUUUGAGCCAUGGCGAGAGGAGCAGGUGGAGAAAGAGGAGGACCGGCUGGCAAGGCUGGAAGAGGAGGAGAACAACCCUAUGAAGGCGCUCGAGAAUCGGACGAUCGACUCAAAGCGCGAGAUGGAUAUUCUUGAUGCUCUGCAGGACAUUCGGGCGCGCAACGCACGGAACGAGCGUGUGGGCCAGUCUGUGGAUUUGCUGGACCGGAUACAUGCAGAGGAAAUGGAAACAGAAGAAGACGUGGAGAAGAAGAAGGCUGAAGAGGAGGACGAGGCGUUGGUGCGGCAGGUGUUCUCGAAGGUGUUCAUGCCUGUGGUCCCCGUGGCGUCGGGGUCGGGGUCAAGUUCACAGGCCAGUUUGGAGGAGAAGCUGGUAACGGUCAAGCGCAAAGCAAGGGAUGACGAGCCAGACCUACAUGCGCUGCUACCUGAAUCGACACGGACGUUGAUUGCGAACAAAGUGGCGACGAUGCCGGUUGUGAAAAAGAGGAAGACGGACAUGAAGAACCCACUGGGCAUUAAGAUCAGAAAGCCCGCCAAGGCAGUCGCAACCUAGUCUCCUCUUUCCCUCCUUACAGCGGACGAUGUAGCGUACUUGUAUUAUUUGCCCCGUAUUUCUUGUAAUUUCGAUUGGUCCAUCAAAAUGAUGGUCUUGGCGGAGGUG